CUCGAUGCCCCCCCUCCUACUCCUCCUCUCUGUCGUUCGCUCCACCCCGCCUCACCUCACCACUUCGCCACCUCCCCCGGCCAUGAGAACGACAGCGGCUCCCAGAUCCGUGUCAUCACCGCACUGCGCUCCCUGCUGCCCGGCUGCGCAGCGCUGAGAGCAGUCGCCAGGUGGACGCGGCGAGGCGCACACGCAGCGAGGCGCGGGAGUUCGCAACCCGGAGACCCUGCUGCUGCUUGCCUGCUGCUGCUGCUGGUGGCAGUUGUCGUUGUUGUUGGAUUUGUAGAACAGUGAAGGUUGCGGUGGAGUGGCUUUUAGUCGCGAGGACAUGAACGCAUUUCGCUUCGCGGUCGAGGAGGACGCGAAGUCGCAUAAACUUUCCCCGACUCCAGAUUCGUUUGCGUCGGACGCGGAACACAGCCCCGCCGCGAUGCAGGACGGCAAGGCCGCCCGGGAAGAGCUCUCGUCGUCACAUUCGCCGUCGUCUUCGUCGUCGUCGUCCACAACAUCAUCGUCGGCGUCGUUGUCAUCGUCACCGUCGGGCCUCGAUGUGGCCGCGAAGAGCGCGCGGAGUGUUUGCGCGCUGCCCUUCAGCGUGGAGUCGCUCAUGUCCGACCGGCGACCGAGCAGGGACUUGGCGCUCCGCUCGGCCAGCGACGGCACGGCCGGCGAUCGCUCCCCGGGCCCGCUGCCCGCAAGCUCCCCCUACUCCGUCAAGAGCCUCCUGCACCGCGGGCCCGCGGGCCCCGGGCCCCAGAGCCACUGCGCCGACGGCGGGGAGCCGUGCGCGGAAGGCGACCCCCAGGACGGCCUGGCCGGGUGGAUGCACGGAGCUGCCUACUCCCCGCCGCCGAGACGGCUGAGCCCCCCCGCGUGCACGCUGCGCAAGCACAAGGCGUCCCGCAAGCCGCGCACGCCGUUCACCACGUCGCAGCUGCUGGCGCUGGAGCGCAAGUUCCGGCAGAAGCAGUAUCUGUCCAUCGCGGAGCGUGCCGAGUUCUCCAACUCGCUGAACCUCACCGAGACCCAGGUCAAGAUCUGGUUCCAGAACCGGCGCGCCAAGGCCAAGCGCCUCCAGGAGGCCGAGCUCGAGAAGCUGAAGAUGGCUGCGGCGGCCAAGCCCCUGCUGACGCCCGCUGGGUUCGGGCUACCGUUCCAGUUCGGGGCCCCGCUGUACGCCACGGCCAGCGUGUCCCCCGCCUUCCCGCGGGCAGCGCUGCCCAUGGGCCACCUGGGACUCUACUCGGCGCCCAUGGGCUACGGCAUGUACCCGCUGUCGUGAGGACCCCGGUGGCCCGUGUGGCCGCUUGUUGGACCGUGGGGCCGUCGUUAUCGCCAUCGUCGCCGCAGCUGCCACCAUCGUCGCGACCUCGAGAGCGGCGAUGGCGUCACGAGUGGCCACGGCUGCGACUGGCACCUGGGCUACGUGUGGCGCAGGGUCCGGCACCAGCCUGGGCGUGUGAGUGCGCGUGGGAGUGUCCGAGGAAUCUGUGUACUUGUGCGCGAGUCUGUGUGCCCGUGUAUCCGUCUCAAUGUCUUAUGUGUGUGGCUGUCUAUGCGUUUGUAUGCAUAUGUUUCCACAUUCAUGUCUGUCUGCGUAUCAGUAUGCAUGUUUCCGUGUGUCUCUGCGUAUACGCCCGUCUCUGCGUAUAUAUACGAAUGUGUGUGUGUCUAUUUGUCUCUAUCUGUGUCUCUUGUUUUAUUCUUUGUCUGUUCAUGUGUACGUGUGUGUGUGUGUGUCCGAUUCGCUCACCCCGGUACGAGUUACGUACUCGUGGGCCCCCCACGCAGACCGAAAAACUGAAGUCCACGCGGUGCUGCGCGCAGUGAGUGCGCGGGGCACGAGGCGGGCUGAAGACCUCCCAGCCCUCCACCAUGGCCCGUGAACGUCCCUCUCCGUAUUUAGGCCUACUGUAGCAGCGCCACCGUCCCCAGUCUUAAGAACUAUUUUCCGGAAGCAGUUCGUUUCGAUAAAGGAACCCAGAAGGGGACUCCAGUCCAGGACGCCCCCCUGCGGUGCCGUUUGAGGGGGUCCCCCUUGCUGUGCGGGGACUGACCACGUGAGCGGCACCACGGCGCCGGGACGGCCGCCACGGACUGUGAGCUCGCAAAAGGGACCUCCUCCUUGUACCAUAGUGUAAAUUAUAUCAUAUAUAGGUUAUUAUAUUAUGCAUUUUCAAUGAUCUAUACGUUUUUUGUAUAAUUAUUACUGUACUACGAAACAUCGACAAUAAAAUACUUGGUGUGAGUUAUA